AUGCUCGCAGCCCAUCGUGACCAAGAGAACCUGGUGCACAGUCACCAGGUCUCUGGAAAGCAGCAACCAAAAACUCCAGGCGCUAGAUAUCCAAAGACACCACUCAAGUAUGGACAGAACGAUGAGAAUGCACCUACAGCCUUCGGAGGAAAAAAUGGCCUAGGCGGAGCCAGGCUUGGGGGUCAGGAUAAGAUCACAAUGACCAAGGGCAAGCAAUCAAUGGUUACGCCAACAGGUCCUCAAUCACAGUCAAGAGCACCUUUAGGAAACAAAACGACCAACGCAAAGGCACGAACUGGCCAAGUCGGCGGGACGAAAAAUAUCGACAAGUCGCAGGCAAAGCCAACAACAACUCAGAAGCCUAAGCCAAAGGCCGUCUCGCAAGGCCCGCUCCAAGUUGAAGCAGACAUCAAAUGUUUCGACCCUCUGGACGAUGAGCCUGAAUACGCCCCCCCGAAACCCAAAGAUCUGCCUUACGAAUCAGACCUCUUACCACCUGGUGGCCUGACGUUCGAAGGUUUGAAGAAGGAGAACCUGUUCCGGGGCUUCUAUCAGCAGUUCCAUAACCCUGUUGACGAUAAUGGCGUCUCAAGAAAGGAAAAGCGGUUCAAUGAAGAGAUGAAGCUCGUCAUGGACAAAGCGAUUGAAAAAAACAACCGGGACUUGGAGGCUUUAGACUGGAACCUCGCCGAUACACCAGAACCACCAAAGCUCAUUCAAAGAAAGCCAGAUGUCCCGGAAGUCGCUGAGGCCAAAAUGGGUCGGAAGAUCAGAGGAACCGGUCACUCGCGACAGCUCUCCACAAUCACUUCAAGAAAGGCAGCUUCUGCACUUUCCAUGCAGCCGCCAAGCGGGCGCCCUCAGCUUCCUAGACCGACAAGUGCUAUGUCAGCAGGUAGGCGGCCGCUGAGCUUUGUUUCUGGACAAAGAACCGUUCGGCAGCCUGAACGUUCUACUCGACCUCAGUCUGCUGCAAGCAACUCUAGAGAAGUUGCAUCAAGAACUACCAUCGGGUAUAACAAAGGCAAAGCAGCUUCGUCACUGGUUCAUGCCCGCGAGACAGCUUCUACCGCCGCUCGCGGACAGUCGACGACUAAAACACGAGUUCUUCGAGAUGUCGAUCCCGAUUCCACAAUCACACCGGCUCGGGCACAAGAGGCUGGCUUGACUGGAAUCCGGCCUUCCCAGGCGGUUCGGCCACAGUUCACGUCCAUUUUUGGUCAAGACGAUGAGGAGGAGGACCUACCUGCUAUCAUCGCUCCUUUCCCUUCAGAUGAUGAAGACGAGGAGUUUGAGCUGAAGUUUGAUAUUUGA